AAAUAUACCUGUAAGUGAUCCAGGAAGAGUCUGUGCAGAGUCCCUGAGGUUUCAUUGAAGAGGUGUGUGCAUGUUAGUUCCAGCUCUCUCCCUCAGUGUCACCAUGUCUUUGGAGACAGCAGUGAAGGCUAUAGCGGAGGUUUUCCGCAAGUACGCCGGCGGUGAUGACAAGAAGGAGACCCUGAGCUGUGACGAACUGAAGAAGCUGCUGCAGGAGGAGUGCAGCAAGGCUGGGGGCUGUACUGGGAAGUUGCCCAUGCUGAUGAAGCGGCUGGAUGCAAACAAAGAUGGACAGAUCGACAUUGUGGAGUUUGGCACACUCAUUGGAAUGAUGGCUAAGAAAGCAUGAGAGAAGGCGAGCGAGAGAGAGAGAGAGGCAAAACGAUUGUCUCGUAUCAGAAACCACAUGUUCUGAAAACUCAUGGUGGCUGAAUCAAAUAAAAUCAAAUAACAAAAUCCAUUA